AGCAAACCCUCGAGCAGCUCUCUCCUAAUCCAGUCGAAGACGCUGAGCCCACUGAACUAUCGCCGGCGUUUUCGAGAGCCUCUAGAGUUCCUCGCCUUUGUCAAGCAGCUUUUAACAACUUCGAUCUGAAGCUUCGGACGCUCAGCUCUUGCUCUCCAAGCUCACUGUUCCUGUAAAGAGCUUUGAGAACCUUUCCAGGUGCUUGAUAAACAUCAAAUUGUUAUUGUUGGAUCAGCUGUUGCUUCUAUUCUGGUGGUUGUCCUUCGGGCAUGUGCAAGGAUCCUUCAACUUCAGACUUGAUUUACACCUAAGACAUUUGGACAGCAAAAAUGAAGGUGAAGAUACUAAACUGGCACGCAGUGGCUUCAUGGACAUGGGACGCCCAGGAUGAAACAUGUGGAAUCUGUAGAAUGGCAUUCGAUGGGUGCUGUCCUGACUGCAAAUUUCCUGGCGACGAUUGCCCGCUGAUAUGGGGUGCCUGUAACCAUUCCUUCCACCUUCACUGCAUCUUGAAAUGGGUAAACUCGCAGACUUCACAGCCUCAUUGUCCAAUGUGCCGUAGAGAGUGGCAGUUCAAAGGAUAAUAAGUGGUUACGGCCUUAUUUUGUUGUGCAGUGUGUCUGCUCUUCACGAUGAAAGUGCAUUGGCUGAUUUUUAUGUAGUUUCGGAGAUGAUGAAUGAAUUGCUCUCUUUUUUUUUAUGUAUGCCAAUGCUAAUAUCUACUUUCGUGUCAGGCUUAAUUUUAGAUAGUAAAUACAGCUCCUGUACUUUUUUGCCCUCAGUUCAGAGGAUAAGUUAGUCUUCUUAGACCGAGUGCAGAAGGUAAUUUAUAGUCAUGUGAUUCUCAUAAGACAUCUCAAUGUGAUUUGAGAAUUAAUGCGGUCCGGAGUUUUGGGGUGUAAUAA